AGGUUUCUCUUUCUCCUUAUUCUCCUCCUCAUUGAAAACCGAACCCAAACGAAACCCUAGUUUCUUGUUGCUCUUCAAUCGACCUCCAAAACUCUCCCCUUUUCACCAUCUGGAGUCGCCAUCGCCAUGGCCGAGAGCUUCGAGGACCGCGUGAAGCGCCUCUUCGGGUCCAAACUCUUCGACGCCGUCCCCAAGAGCUCCUUCCCCUCCUCGUCUUGGUCCGUCGCCGUCGGCGAGGUCGAGCGCCGCGAGUGGAACCGAGACAAAGGGGAGGACGAAGAUCGAGAGAGGGAUCCGUGCUCGUCGGCGUUCUACGAUAAGGAUGGCUGCUUGUUUAAGAGUAGGAGGAGUAAGAGGGAUAAGCAGCGGGAGUUCGAAGGGGAUCUUGAUGAUUUUGAUGAUGAUGAGGGGGGGGGGGGGGGGGAGGGGGAGGAGGAGAGGGAGAGGGAAAGGGAGAGGACAGGGGAGGGUGAUGAGGAGAGAGAGGAGAGGGAGAUUAGGUCCUCGGUCGGGCUUGAUCCUACGCUGGAUCACGAGGAGGAGGAAGAUGAAUAUGACAAAGCAGCUCUAUGCAGAGAAAAUGCCAGCGAGCGCGUCUACAUGAGAGAUGUCAAGGAUCAUGGCCCUUAUAUUAACUACCAUGCCGUAGUUCCUGAUUUCCUAGAUGAACAAUCCGAUGAAGCUCCCUAUUUCAAUAAGGAUCCACGUGCUGAUCACUUUGCUGCAAGUGUAAGACUCAAAGAAGAUAAGAGCAUUGAACCCUUGAGUAAACCAGCAGCAAAAAUAACCAAUCACGAUGUCAACGUGAAACCUAUUUUGAAGAGGAAGGAGGCUCAGAUUGACCCAAAGCCAAAGAAGCGAGUUAGAUUCGAUCCUGGGUAUAUGGGUGACCUUGACGAGCUUUCUGAAGAACCAGGAGAUGUUCCUAUGCUCCCUCGGUCUAUGGCAGAAUCCCCUGGAGUUCCUGAUUAUUUGAGAAAUCCGUCCAAGUAUACUUGUUACACUCUCGACUCAUCACAAAAUGAAGAAGAAACUAACAAGCAAGCCUUCGAAGACUUCCGCAACUUGGUGAAGAAAUCCAACCCCGAAGAUCGGCAACCUGAGUUUCCUGUAGACCUUCCGAAGUCGGUGACCUUUACGCCUAGAAAAAAGGCGGUCGACUUAGUUCCAAUGGAUGAUAGCCCAGUAAACUCAAAGGAGCUUCAUCAAGCUAUGGAUUCCUCUGUGAAAAUUGCUGCAGGGGAAACCAAUGAAAAUGAUGCGUCUGAAAUGGAUGAAGAUGAAGCUGAAGCCCCACUAGGUGAUACAGAUAUGAGCCUUCGAAAAGGCAGGAAAUAUCGUUCGAAGGUGACAUCUGAUGAUUCAACUUGAAGUAUCAAUUCUCUUCGUUUCGCUUGGUUGCUGGGUUUUUUUUUUUUUUUUUGCCCUGCUGAAUUUAAUCCUGUAGCAUAAAGAAAUAUCCUUAAUCUGGAUAAUUGUGAUGUUGGGUUGCCUUCGUGCGUCUUUAAGAUCUGGUGAUUGAUAUAUG